AUGGAAUGGAACCUCAGAAGGAUGGAAAGUGAAUUGAGACACAUCAACCCGGACUUGCUGCAGCCCAGCAAGAGCUUCAAGAAGCCAUCAUCAGGCACCAUCACCCUCAACGUCGGGGGCUUCCUGUACGCUGCCCAUCGGACCACGUUGAUCAAGCAGCAGGGCUCCAUCCUGGAGGAGCUGGCCAACGGCAAGAAGCCGGUGCAGCACACCGACUCCAUGGGCAACCCCUUCAUCGAUAGAGACGGCCCGGUUUUCCGCCACGUACUCAACUACCUCCGAACCGGAGACCUCCAGCUGCCCGACGACUUCCGGGAGGCAGGGCUUCUCAGGAGGGAGGCGGAGUUUUACCGCCUGAGCGAACUGGUGGAAGCCGUGGCCGAGUGGGAAAACCAGAGAGCGGCCCAGCGAGAGCCCGCCUUCCUGGAGGUGACGGACAGCCACGACAGGUCGCAGGGCCUCAAGGUGUACUGCAGCGACCCCGCCUUCAUCGAUAAGGUCAAAGCGCGGCUGGUGCAGAUCUCCAAGAGCCGGCUGGACGGCUUUCCGGAGGAGUUCGAGGUGUCGUCCAACGUGAUCCAGUUCCGACACUUCAUCAAGUCGGAGCCGGGCUCGCGGCUCGUCCUGAAGGAGGACAGCACCUUCCUGUGCACGCUGGACUGUCUGAAGCUAGAGACAGUGAUGCUAGCACUAAGAGGAGGCUUCAAGCUUAUCACCAGCCUGGACAGCACCAAAGGCUCCGUGGUGGCGGCCGAGGCCCUGCACUUUGUCAAGUAG